AACUUUGGAGUUCCCGUCGAUUCUUCAAUGGACCAUUCUAGCGUGUUUGACGAGGUAAUCUUCACAGAGUUGGGUCGCAACGAGGCGGAAAUCUUAGUCAAACAAUACAAUGCUGAGGGCGAAGCUGCCAAACCACCUCCUGAGAAAAGGUCUCGAUUUUCUGACUCAUUCAGCGGGGGCAGCAACACUGGUUCUGCGCGCGAUCGCUUCAGUUCUGGUAGUACAGGGCGAGACUACGGUGAUACAGGUUGGCGAGAUAGAGAUAGAAGUCCGUCAAAUGCUCGUUAUAGUGGUCACGAUAAGAGAGACGACUGGAGAGGUGAUUUUCGACAGGAGAGAGGUCGAGGUCGAGGGUAUGGUGAUUAUCGUGGCCGAGGGUACGAAGAUCGUGGUGAUCGCGACCGUUUUGAUCGUGAUAGUCGUGGGCGUGGUCGCACUGGAGGAUUCCGUGGUGCAAGAGGAAGGGGUGGGGGGGGUUAUGGGAGUGGCUUUGGGGCCUCUGGUGAUGACUUUGGUUACAAUCGGGGUGGUUAUGGUGGUCAACGUGGUGGCCGAGGUGGGGGGGGCUACGAUAAUUAUUCACAUGACGACCGUGGCGCUGGCUUCCGCCGCGGGGGCCCCCCUCGUGGCGGUUCACGCAGUGGCAGUGGUAGUGGCUAUCAGCCUAGUGAAGACAAAUACAAGUCUGAAUAUGCUACCGUGGUCGUGGUGGUAGUUACAAUAGCAGAGGAGGUCGAAACAGUUUUCCAACUUCGGCCCCACCUCAAUUUCCUCAGCAUUCGAGUAACGAUUAUUACCAAUCUCAGUCACAGCGACGCAAUGACAGUCCUGGAUAUGGGUAUUCCGGAUAUGGAAACAGAGGCGCAACCUCAGCUAGCCAAGGCAAUACAGGUCGCAGUGGAGGCUUUCCGGGUUCCUAUGAGGGUUCUCAAACUCAGGAAAAUCCUCCCAAGUCGACAUCUAGCAGACCUCGUCAGUCUCGAUUUGAUCAAUCUGGCUCUGAUUCAACUACUAACUCCAGUCGCACCUUUAGUCGGUUUGACCAGCCGACUGCUACAGGGUCACAGCAACCUCCAUCUUCCAAAUCUGCCGGGCCUGUAA